AUGGCUGACCAGCAAUUCUCGCACGAAGAUUACACGAUUGGAUGGAUAUGCGCUUUACCAGAGACGGAGAUGGUGGCCGCAGCAGCAAUGCUGGACGAAGAGCAUCCAGCAUUGCCAGCGGCCGACCCACAGGACGCGAAUUCGUAUCUCCUCGGCCGGACCGGCGAUCAUAAUGUGGUGAUUGCUUGCCUUCCUGCAGAAGAAACAGGCAAGGUAUCUGCUGCGACUGUUGCGAGAGACAUGGUCCGCAGCUUUCCAUCAAUCCGGUUUGGAUUGAUGGUUGGGAUUGGCGGAGGGGUACCAUAUCACGGCGCUCAGGAACAAGAUCCCAGUCAUAAAAAUGGGCAAAACGAUUCUGGCGAUGAGUCAGACGGUGAGGAAAUACCAGACGUCAGACUUGGUGAUGUCGUCAUCAGCCUGCAUUCCAAAUCAACCGAAGCUGUGGUGCAGUAUGAUUUUGGCAAGUCACUACAGGAAAAGGAAUUUAUCCAUACCGGUGGGAAGCUAAACAAGCCUCCACGUAUAGUGCUCAAUGCAGUUGCUAGGCUGAAGGCUGACCAUGCACGCGGACGCAGCAAGAUUCCCGAGCUGCUUUCACAAAUGGUGUCAGAAAACCCGGCCAUGGAGGUAAAAUUCCAGCAUCAAGGUUUCGAGAAAGACCGUCUCUUAAAACCUAAUAUUGUUCAUGUGGAGGGAAAAAGGUCGUGCAAAGCUUGCUGUGGGCCCGAUAAUGUUAACCUGAUAAGAAGGAAAGAACGGUCUGGGACGGCUCCAAAGAUUCACUAUGGAACGAUAGGAUCUGCUGAUCAAGUGAUGAAGGAUGCAAUCCUUAGAGAUCAGUGGGCGUCGAAGGAGAAUAUUUUAUGUUUCGAGAUGGAGGCUGCUGGGUUGAUGGAUUCGUUCCCCUGCCUCAUCAUUCGAGGCAUCUGUGACUACGCUGACUCCCAUAAGAACAAGAUCUGGCAGCCAUAUGCCGCUGCGACGGCCGCGUUAUAUGCCAAAGAGUUGUUGUUGGUUAUUCCUGGACAAGGUGUCUCAAUGCUAUCACCAAUCAAGCAGUUACCUGAAUUCUCUAAGCAGCUCAAAGAUUUGAAUCACGGCCUUGGGAAGGCUUUCGAACAGCGCGAAAACCACCACCAGGAACAAGUCAAGAGAAACUUAACAGAAGAUCAGCGUCACUGCCAUCAAGCCUUCAAGACAUCGACCUAUGAGAAACAUAAAAAUAGAAAUCCUGAUCGAGUCCAAGGAACCUGUGAGUGGGUCUUGAACAGUGUCGAGUAUCUACACUGGUGGAAAGCUACAAACAAUGACCUUUUAUGGAUCUCGGCUGAUCCUGGAUGCGGUAAAUCAGUGCUUGCUAAAUCAUUGGUUGACGACAUCCUUAAGGCCGCUGAUCCGAAAGUGACGAUUGUUUAUUUCUUCUUUAAGGAUAAUGAUGAGCAGAACAAUCUUGCCACUGCGUUGUGUGCUGUCCUUCAUCAACUUUUCAGUUUACAGCCUCAACUACUGCGACAUGCGUUACCAUUCUGGGAAAAGAGUCGAGAAAAGAUACAGUAUGAAGUUGAGGACCUGUGGCGCAUUUUCAUGGCCGCAAUGUCUGAUUUGGCAUCAAGCAAUACUAUCUGUGUUUUUGAUGCUCUUGAUGAGUGUGGAAGACAAGACCGGAAUCUGCUCAUUGAAAAGCUACAGAAGUACCAUGCUCAUCAUCAGCCGCCAACUCAAAAGAAUUGGUUGAAAUUCAUUGUUACUAGUCGACCAUAUGAUGAUAUUAAAGACCAUUUUCGGCCAGUGACCAAAUCGUUCCCGCAUAUCCACCUCCGCGGUGAAGAGGAGAAUGAUCAGAUCCAUAAGGAAAUUAAUCUGGUUGUGAAAAUUAAAGUUGCCGAGCUCGACGAAAGUUUAGACCUGAGUGCUCAGACAAGGGAAAGACUAGAAAGAGAGCUUCUCUAUAUGGAGCAUCGGACUUAUUUAUGGCUUUAUUUGGCGAUCGAUGAUAUUCGGACGACGUUCAAAGAUAGUUUGUGGCCAAAUCAAGAAUCAAUUCCCUUGAUUCCAAAAACAGUCGAUGCGGCAUACGAAAAAAUUCUAGAUCGAGUCACUCCGGAGAAAGAAGCGACAGUGAGAACAAUUUUACAAAUCAUCGUUGGUGCACGACGUCCAUUGACCAUCCAGGAAAUGGUCAUUGCCUUGGGAGUGUCAUUGGGCCGCGAGCGAAUAGCAGAAGAUGCAGGCGUUAGUGUAAGCAAAUUUGGUGAGAUAAUUCGGCGGCUAUGUGGGCUUUUUAUUUUCAUCAAAGAUUCUCGGAUAUAUCUCAUUCAUCAGACAGCAAGAGAGUUUCUCGUCCAGAAAGCCGAGCGGUCGUCCAGUUUCAAAUGGUAUCUUGAACCAAGCGAAACCGAAAUCAAAAUGACUCAAAUUUGCGUCCGAUACUUGCUCAUGGACGAUCUAAUCCUCACUGGAGGAGAACGUGGACAACACUUAUUAGAGUAUUCGUCACAGAACUGGGCCGAUCAUUACCGAGGUGUAUCAUCCCCAAUAACUGAAAUAGCGGAGGCGGCAUAUCAAUUAUAUGACUUUACCGCGGAACGAUUCAAUUUGUGGUUUCCAGUAUUUUGGAAGGCAACGAUGCCGUACAAAUACAAGCCUAAGAUGCAUGCUCUUCACUUAGCUGCCCUGAAUGGACAUGACGACAUAAUCCUUCGGUUAUUGCUGCAGAGUAGCAGUACCCCUCAUCACCGAGAUAGUUCAAGAACGACUGCACUGCAAUACGCAUCUUGGCGUGGAAAUUAUAAGAGUGUAGAUAUACUCUUAGAGAAGGGGGCCGAUAUCAAUGCACGGGGUGGACAGUAUGGAAAUGCUCUCCAGGCUGCUUCUCAAAAAGGACAUCUCGAUAUUGUGGAAGUCCUGUUAGAGAAGGGGGCCAAUGCCAAUGCACAGGGUGGACAGUAUGGAAAUGCUCUCCAGGCUGCUUCUCAAAAAGGACAUCUCGAUAUUGUGGAAGUCCUGUUAGAGAAGGGGGCCGAUGUCAAUGCACAGGGUGGAUGGUAUGGAAAUGCUCUCCAGGCUGCUUCUCAAAAAGGACAUCUCGAUAUUGUGAAAGUUCUGUUAGAGAAGGGGGUCGAUGUCAAUGCACAGGGUGGACAGUAUGGAAAUGCUCUCCAGGCUGCUUCUCUAGGACAUCUCGAUAUUGUGAGAGUCCUGUUAGAGACGGGGACCGAUAUCAAUGCACAGGGUGGACAGUAUGGAAAUGCUCUCCAGGCUGCUUCUCUAGGACAUCUCGAUAUUGUGACAGUACUGUUAGAGAAGGGGGCCGAUGCCAAUGCACAGGGUGGACGGUAUGGAAAUGCUCUCCAGGCUGCUUCACACAGAGGAUAUCUCGAUAUUGUGGAAGUCCUGUUAGAGAAGGGGGCCGAUAUCAAUGCACAGGGUGGAGAGUAUGGAAAUGCUCUCCAGGCUGCUUCUCUAGGACAUCUCGAUAUUGUGAAAGUAUUGUUAGAGACAGGGACCGAUAUCAAUGCACAGGGUGGACAGUAUGGAAAUGCUCUCCAGGCUGCUUCUCUAGGACAUCUCGAUAUUGUGAGAGUCCUGUUAGAGAAGGGGGCCGAUAUCAAUGCACAGGGUGGAUGGUAUGGAAAUGCUCUUCAGGCUGCUUCUCAAAGAGGACAUCUCGAUAUUGUGAAAGUCCUCUUAGAGAAGGGGGCCGAUAUCAAUGCACAGGGUGGAAAGUAUGGAAAUGCUCUCCAGGCUGCUUCUCUAGAACAUCUCGAUAUUGUGGAAGUCCUGUUAGAGACGGGGGUCGAUAUCAAUGCACAGGGUGGAGAGUAUGGCACUGCUCUUCAGGCUGCUUCUCACAUAGGACAUCUCGAUAUUGUGAAAGUCCUGUUAGAGAAGGGGGCCGAUAUCAAUGCACAGGGUGGACAGUAUGGAAAUGCUCUCCAGGCUGCUUCUCUAGGACAUCUCGAUAUUGUGAGAAUCCUGUUAGAGACGGGGGUCGAUAUCAAUGCACAGGGUGGAGAGUAUGGAAAUGCUCUCCAGGCUGCUUCUCUAAGACAUCUCGAUAUUGUGAAAGUCCUGUUAGAGAAGGGGGCCGAUGUCAAUGCACAGGGUGGAGAGUAUGGCACUGCUCUUCAGGCUGCUUCUCUAAUGGGAUAUCUUGAUAUUGUGAAAGUCCUGUUAGAGAAGGGGGCCGAUGUCAAUGCACAGGGUGGAGAGUAUGGAAAUGCUCUUCAGGCUGCUUCUCUAGGACAUCUCGAUAUUGUGAAAGUCCUGUUAGAGAAGGGGGCCGAUGUCAAUGUACAGGGUGGACGAUAUGGCACUGCUCUUCAGACUGCUUCUCUAAUAGGACAUCUCGAUAUUGUGAUAGUCCUGUUAGAGAAGGGGGCCAAUGCCAAUGCACAGGGUGGACAGUUUGGAAAUGCUCUCGAGGCUGCUUCUCAAAAAGGACAUCUCGAUAUUGUGAAAGUCCUCUUAGAGAAGGGGGCCGAUAUCAAUGCACAGGGUGGAAAGUAUGGAAAUGCUCUCCAGGCUGCUUCUCUAGGACAUCUCGUUAUUGUGAAAGUCCUGUUAGAGAAGGGGGCCAAUGUCAAUGCACAGGGUGGAUGGUAUGGAAAUGCUCUCCAGGCUGCUUCACACAGAGGGUAUCUCGAUAUUGUGGAAGUCCUGUUAGAGAAGGGGGCCGAUGUCAAUGCACAGGGUGGACAGUAUGGAAAUGCUCUCCAGGCUGCUUCUCUAGGACAUCUCGAUAUUGUGAAAGUCCUGUUAAAGAAGGGGGCCGAUAUCAAUGCACAGGGUGGACAGUAUGGAAAUGCUCUCCAGGCUGCUUCUCUAGGACAUCUCGAUAUUGUGAAAGUCCUGUUAGAGAAGGGGGCCGAUGUCAAUGCACAGGGUGGAGAGUAUGGAAAUAUUUGUUCUUCAAGCUUCUCUCGAUGA